AUGGCUGUGAGCCUGUGAAGGAGAUUACAGACUUUCUGCCUUUCAAGUCUCGUUCGAAUUGGCUACAUUGUUGAUAGGGUGUAUCCAGUCUGUAAUGAUACAAGCUUUAGUGAGGGUCCUGAAGGGGUAAAAUGGGAACUGGGAUUGAUCUAUUUUUAGACUGGGAAAAUGGGAUUUGGGUUGCUGGGAUUUGGCCACUGGGAAUGGGAAAUCAAGUUCUCAAAAAUGGGAAUGGGAUUGAAGUAAUGCGAGUCGAUUCCCAAUUUUGAUCCGUUUUUGGUGCCUUUGGUCAUGAUUUUUGUUGUUAACUAUAUUAUUCACAGCACUACCUGCGAACAGGCAUACUCUGGUGCCUGGAAUUCUGGGUUUUCUGAUUAUGCGUGUCUUAGAAUGCUGCAAAUGCCAUUUCCGGGAUUCAAAUUUUAAAAUUUUCUUUGCCUUCGGCACCCCAACAUUUCAGAAAGUGUCCACCACUUGCACACAUGCGGUGGCUUAAAAGGUCUUAAAACUGUUUAUUCUACCGAUAAAUAAAGGGUUUUUUAUUGACUGGGAUUUCAAUAACUCGGAGUGGGAUUUCUAAUAAAAAUCCAACUGGGACUGGGAUUUUGCCAAAAUUUCAGGUGGGAAAUGGGAUUGGGACCCCCCCCCCCCUUCAGGACCCUCUUUAGUUGGUAGGGAUGCAACUACCUGAAACUAUAUACGGAGAAUUUCGAUGUUUUGAGCGAAGGCCCUUCCUUUCGCCCCUUCAGUUCGUCUGGAGUUACUACCUGAUCUCACUCGAUUGCACAAGAGUAAAAACUUCGGAGGCCUUUCGCGAGGUUCCUGACGCUGAGGACAAGGUUCCUGACGCUGAGGACAAGGUUCCAGACGCUGAGCACAAGGUUCCUGACACUAAGCACAAGGUUCCUGGCGGUGAGGACAAGGUCCUGCUGGUGAGGACAAGGUUCCUGGUGCUGAGGACAAGGUUACUGGCGGUGAACACAAGGUUUCUGGCGGUAGGAACAAGGUUCCUGGCGCUGAGGACAAGGUUCCUGGCGGUGAGAACAAGGUUCCUGGCGGUGAGGACAAGGUUACUGGAGGUGAGGACAAGGUUCCUGGCGGUGAGGACAACGACACUGGCGGUGAGGUUAAGGUUCCUGGCGGUGAGGACAAGGUUUCUGGCACUGAGGACAAGGUUCCUGCCGGUGAAGACAAGGUUCCUGGCGGUGAGGACAAGGUUCCUGCCGGUGAGGACAAGGUUCCUGGCGGUGAGGACAAUGUUCCUGGCGUUGAGAACAAGGUUACUGGCGGUGAGGACAAGGUUCUUGACGCUGAGGACAAGAUUCCAGAUGCUGAGCACAAGGUUCCUGACACUGAGCACAAGGUUCCUGGCGGUGAGGACAAGGUCCUGCUGGUGAGGACAAGGUUCCUGGCGCUGAGGACAAGAUUACUGGCGGUGAGCACAAGGUUUCUGGCGGUAAGAACAAGGUUCCUGGCGCUGAGGACAAGGUUCCUGCCGUUGAGAACAAGGUUCCUGGCGGUGAGGACAAGGUUACUGGCGGUGAGGACAAGGUUCCUGGCGGUGAGGACAACGACACUGGCGGUGAGGUUAAGGUUCCUGGCGGUGAGGACAAGGUCCUGCUGGUGAGGACAAGGUUCCUGCCGCUGAGGACGAGAUUACUGGCGGUGAGCACAAGCAGUGGCGUAACGCAACCGCUGGGGGCCCUCCGUCAAUCGGCCACUUUGGGCCCUUUGCAACACUAAAAAUAGGCUCCAAAAUUUUUUCUCGGAACAAUUUAUUUUUGGCGGUUGGUUUCUGGCGGUGAGGACAAUUGGUUUCUGGCGGUGAGGACAAGGUUCCUGGCGCUGAGGACAAGGUUCCUGGCGCUGAGGACAAGGUUCCUGGCGGUGAGGACAAUGUUCCUGGCGGUGAGGACAAGGUUACUGGCGAUGAGGACAAGGUUACUGGCGCUGAGGACAAGGUUACUGGCGCUGAGAACAAGGUUACUGGCCGUGAGGACAAGGUUUCUGGCGGUGAGGACAAGGUUCCUGGCGCUGAGGACAAGGUUCCUGGCGCUGAGGACAAGGUUCCUGGCAGUGAGGACAAGGUUCCUGGCGCUGAGGACAAGGUUCCUGGCCGUGAGGACAAGGUUCCUGGCGCUGAGGACAAGGUUCCUGGCAGUGAGGACAAGGUUCCUGGCGCUGAGGACAAGGUUCCUGGCCGUGAGGACAAGGGUCCUGGCGGUGAGGACAAGGUUACUUGCGGUGAGGAUAAGGUUCCUGUCGGUGAGGACAAGGUUUCUGGCGGUGAGGACAAGGUUCGUGGCGGUGAAGACAAGGUUCCUGCCGGUGAGGACAAAGUUCCUGCCGGUGAAGACAAUGUUCCUGGCGGUGAGGACAAGAUUACUGGCGGUGAAGACAAGGUUGCUGGCGCCGAGGACAAGGUUCCUGGCGCUGAGGACAAGGUACCUGGCGGUGAGGACAAGGUUCCUGCCGGGGAGGACAAGGUUCCUGCCGGUGAGGACAAGGUUCCUGCCGUUGAGGACAAGGUUCCUGGCGGUGAGGACAAGGUUUCUGGCGGUGAGGACAAGGUUCCUGGCGGUGAGGACAAGGUUCCUGGCGCUGAGGACAAGGUUCCUGCCGCUGAGGACAAGGUUCCUGGCGCUGAGGACACUCACUGA